GUCCGAAGUGACGCUAGUAUUGAAGCGACAGGUAGAGUUUCAACAUUGCUCGGUAGAGUUUAGUCGGUGUUUCGCUCAACACGCGGGUUUCUCUCGAUUAGCUGAAAUCAAGGAAGUGACGGAGAAGGGAACGAAGGAACGACAACGUAAUAAAAAUAAUAAUAUUCAAUACAGACAUCCGAGGCUCUGUCCAUAGUGCAUUCUUUGGUGCUGGUUCUGAAAGUGAGGAAGCAAAGUUGUGUGACGGUUUGUGUGCAGGUGCAAGAAGAAAGGUGGUCACCUCGAAUUUCUACCAGUUUCGCGAGUGGCUGGCUAUUUCAAUCGGCAAAAAUCUUACAAAUUUGUCGUGUGGAUUCAGUGCUACUACAUCGAAACGAGAAGAUCUGCGGCGCUCUCGCGGUUAAGCCGACGCUUCGGAACUUCGCCGCUCCAGUAUUGACUAGAAGCAGCAGCUGAUAAGACGUGAACGGCGGUUUACAGCACGUGCGUACGUGGGAGUGAGUGUGUGUAUUUAUUUAUCUUGGAGCAGAAGCCAAACAGAAGAACAUGUCCAGCGGUAACAAGAACGGAUCGGCCAAUGGCACCGUCAAGUACGAGGCCCGGCUCUGUCACGUAGUCAAGCGGCCUGACUUCGAUGGGUACGGGUUUAACUUGCACGCGGAGAAGGGUCGGCCCGGGCAGUACAUCGGCAAGGUGGACGAUGGAUCCCCUGCGGAGUCGGCUGGCUUACGCCAGGGCGAUCGGAUCAUCGAGGUGAACGGAACUAACAUCACAACCGAAACCCACAAGAAGGUCGUCGAGCUGAUCAAGUCGGUCCCGAACGAGACAAAACUGCUGGUUAUCGAUCCCCGGGCAGAUGGUAACGAUCUGAAGAUGGCCUCGAGCAAGGCCAAAAAUGGUGGCGUGGAUGUGAAUGAUAACAGCAAACAGAUCAUCGAAUCGAGCGAAAAAUCCACCAAUCAGAAUAAACAUGACGUCAACGGGGAUGAGGACGCAAACAACAAAAAGAACAACAACGUCGACACGAGUGCUAAUAAAAUGACAAAUGGCGACGCGAAGAAACAACCGCCACACGCCGUCGAUCAGAUUAUCGAGGACACAAAGGCCUUGUCCGUGGUGGCAACGUCCCCCAAGACAGCGGAAUCCAACGGCAAGUCGGCGGUGGCGAGCGCGAAUGGAAGCAGCACAAAGGAAGGCCUUAAGCUGAACCUCAACAUGACCGCGGCUGAGCUACGUGCCCAGCUGGCUGCCCGGAAGAAGUACGACCCAAAGAACGACGUUUGUGAUUUGCGCAAAAAGUACGAAAUUAUUCAGAAAAUGUGAUAAGCCAGAUAGAAGUGACACAAACACGUGUGCUGCGUUUUCAUCUCGUUUUCGGUUAGUUACUUAAAAAGAGAGAGAGGUACUCUUCCAGAGGAUCAGUAUUGUACUUCGAGAACCACCCAAACUUACGGCCGGUGGGCAUUUAGUUAGCACUAAGUGACUGUGUACAGAAAAAAAGUUUUUACGCGCCCUUUAUCGUAUUUCCCUAUCACCCCACUCGCGUAAUGCCGGCAGAUAGGGGGUCUUUAUUAGAGAAAACACCUAGUAUUUUACCAGUUUAUUAUUAAAACUAUUACAGUAUAUCCACCUCACACAAUGGUAAUGAAAAAGGAGGGUUGUGUGUGACCAAAGUUCACGCCAGAUUACCUUCUCCGGAAUGCGACACAGGAAAACAGUCAGAGAAAAAAUCGAUCGCUGUUAUCAUUGCAAUUUUCGAUAGCAGCUGAUAAGGAGACAACAGUGCAUGUGUAUAAAGUGAAUAUCUAGCGCGAUGUGUACACAAUAAAUUAAUUAGCAAGCCCAAAACAUGAUACCGACAGCAGGCAGCCACACUCUGAAGAGGUAAACCCUCAGACCAGAGAGCGGAACACGAGAUAGAAUACUGGUUUGGUAAACAACACUCGAAAAAAAAAAGGAAACAAAAUAUUUGUGCUUUGCUUGAUCGUUCGGUUCCCUCCGAAGCAACAUUCUUGUUAUUUUUGUACUUUUCGUGUUCAUAUUUGAUUGCGUCGUUUUUGAAACACGUUAUUUGAUAGUGCCGCCUGUGAUUUGGUUCAGUUCUUUUUUUUUUUUGCGUUUGUUGUUUCCGAUAUCAGAUCCUGAAACGGCGUUUCCCGCGUGUGCUGUUGCUGUUGCCGCUUGGGGGACGCGGGCAAUGCUGAUGUGUUGUUUGCAACUAAGAAUUAAGUUAAUUGAACUGUAGAGGACAAGUAUGUAUAUGAAAAAAAAAACUGAAGGGGUAAAAUGUGCCAAAAUUUAAGAGAAGAAAAAAACGUGUGUCUGAAAAAGAUUUGUUCUUUUAUCGUGGAGUUUAUGUGAAAUAAUAUAUACCGAGAGUUAUACAGGAAGGAAGUGAACAGAACUGUAUCGCAUAAAAUGAAUAAAGUAUCAUAUUUAUAGUGCGUUAGAA